AUGCCACUAGCGUGUCACAGGUUUAUUGCCAGGCUUAUUGUCUCCCCAGGAUCGACCAUCGGGGACUGUUUCAGAGUGCUCAUACAAUCUCACGUUCUCUACUUUGCAAGCUUUGCUGGUGUCUCUUGCCUUCAGCUUGCUUCCUCUCCAGCAAUCUCGGAUUCGGAUGCCAUUGGAGCUCUGAUACUCACUGGUGCUCUUGUGAUUUUAUCGGACGUGCAGAUGUUUGUGCUGGGACCUCGCCUCAUCCUUAGCGUUCGACAAUAUCGCGCUAAACUCGUGGCAGACUUUGACGCAGAAGAUUGGAUGAAUUCGAUGGUCUUCCAGGAGCGUGUACAUGUCGCAACUAGCAGUACUGUGUAGAGAAAUGCUUACCGAGUGGUCUGCAGGGAGAAGAAAUUUGGUGGAUGAUCCGUCGUAGUAUUUAUUCAACAUAUAGGGUUUCGAAGUAUAUUUGAAAGGUCUAGGCAAAGCUAUUUAUCACUAUUGGAAUGAAGUACCUGCGCU